UCAUCAUCAUCAUGUCAGCCAUCAUGGACGAUAAUCGCAUUUUAUGGCUUAAGUGCACCAUCUCCAAUAUGUUGGGUGUAUAUGAACCAGAAUUUGUCAAUGCUGUUAUCUAUGAUAAUAUGAAUGAUUUCAAGAGCUUUCUCGAGGACAAGUACACCAAAAACGAGGAUAUCAAUAAAAUCGUUCUCUACGUAUGGCGCACCUUCUACGACAAACUGGUCGAGGAGGAGAUCACCGUAUUGGAGGAGGUGGAGCCCGAACAGCCAACUGAGCCAGAGAAAAAGGACAAAAAGGGUAAAAAAGGCAAAAAAGGAGGAUCCGCAGGCGGCAAAGAUGCCAAAACGCCACCGCCAGGAAAGGAUGCAAAAGGUGGCAAAAAGGGCGACGACUAUGAUGGCGGCAUGGACACAGGCGUUGAGAGUGCUGGCGAUGAUAUAGGCGGUGAAAGUGUUAAAAGUUCAGCCCUAUCCGCCAGUGACGAUGAUGACGAAAUUGGUUCCAAGAAAAGUGGCAAAGGCAAAGGACGCAAGAAGAAGCGCAAGACAAUUCAAACACCAGUUCCGGUCUAUGUGGAAGUUAAGAAAAUCAUUGCAACGUUUGUGAAAACUCCAAUAUUACACUGCCACUUCGGGGAGUUGAGCUGUUCGCAUUUCGACAACAAUAUCAAAUACGUGUAUAUGAUACGCAAAGAAGUUAACGGAAUACCAUAUUACUCCGACAUCAGUGAAUGCUUUGCCGAAAUGCCCCAAAGCUUUGCAUUUGGCACAGUCCGUGGUGAAUUGAUACGAUCCAUGGGGCAGGAUGUUGAGAUGAUAUUUAAGAGAGCGAUUGAGUUUCAGUUUCGUGAACCAAAAUUAAUCGAAGGCAAAUUCAUGGAAAAUUAUGAAGCCCAAACCCCUGGCGAAGUUGGCGCAGAGGCAACUGAAGUAAAGAACACAGCGCCUGGUCUAUUAGAGCUGGCAAAACCAUCGGAAUUUCGUUUAAAAGCUCUUAAGCAUAAGAGGAAAAUGGAGAAAUUAGCUGAAAGACGAGCUCUGGAAGCAAACAAUAAGACUUUGAAGACAACUGCUAAACAAGGUGAAGACUCGGCAGUAGGAGGCAGACAGGCAUCAGCUGCAACUGAGGGCAACGACGAUGAAGACGAUGAGGAUGCUGAGGAUGGAGAAUUACAAAAAGAUAAGAUUUCCUUAACAUCAUCUGACGGUGAUUCGGUUGAACUACCGGAUGUCAAGCUUACCAUUGGCGAACGAUGGGACAGAUUGCUAAAGGAAACCCAUGAGAAAAUAGAAACCCGUCGCCUAGAAACGGAAAAUUUCAAAGAGAAACUGCCACCUCAUCAAGAGGCUUUAUUUAAUCAAUUAAAGGAUUUUGAACAGGAAGUGGAGUGGACCCUCAACCAUAUUGAAUGGGCAUUCAAUUUACCCACAUCAUACGCAGCCCCCGGCCAAGAGGAGGUCCAUUUCGAGGAGUCCAAAGUACGCAUACCCAUCGAUCCCAAAAAGAUUAAUCUGAUUCCCACCUACACACAAGAGCAACUCGAGGAUGUAGUCGCUGGCUGGAUGCGUUACAUUGAAAAACUGAUAAAGACCCUAAAAGAAAAGCCUCUGGACGAAUUCACUCCCAUGGCCGAGUAUCGUUUGUGGCAUUUUCGCGAGAUAGAAUUGAAUGGCAUUUUGGAGCAGCUGAAGUCGGAAUUUGUUGUGGCCGUUUUGGACACCCUAAGAGCCAAUGAUUCCGAGAUUCUCAGCCGUUGGACAGAGACUGUCAACAAAGUGGAGGAGAAAUUCCGUCUGGCCAAAGAAAAUGCUGACUACAUUGGCACCAUCACCGAUUACUUGGAGAAAAUACGUUCCUACGAUUGCUUUAAAAUGACAACCCUCCUCAUACCCAAUGUGAUGGUUGGUCUUCGUCACAUUUGGACCAUGUCGAGUUAUUACUGCCAUGACGAUAAAAUGCAGACACUCCUGUGCCAAAUAUCCAAUGUCUUUACUGAAAAAGUCAAAAAUAUUGUGUGUUUUGAGAAAAUAUUUCGACAUACAUCCAGAUACACCUAUGAAACCGCCACCAACUGUGCCAAUCUAUUGCGAUGUUGGAAAACGGCUUACCUUAUGAGCCGAAAGUACAUCGAAGAUUCUGGGGCCGGUUCCAGAUAGUUUGAUCGCAAUGCCUUGUUUAAUGAAGUGGACCAUAUUAAUCGAAUAAGUCGAGAUAUAGCCUCCAUUGGACGAGUAUUUCUUCAAUAUGAGAAUCUCUUUGGCAAUCGUUUGAAAGGUCUCAUCACUGAUCCGACGAUUAUCGAUAACCUAAUGCGUAAAGUCUAUCGCUUGCUAGAUGAAAUGCUGACAAGUGUGGACUAUGAUAUAUUUCGUCCCGGUAAUUGGGAAAAUUGGGAGCACACAUUGAGUACCUUCAACAAACGUUUGGAUGCCGUAGAGUCAGAAGCGAAACAAGUAAUUGAAAAAAGCAUUACAAUGUUGAGAUCAUCCGAUUUGGGUUUAGAGCUUAUACGUGAUGUCAAAAACUUGGAUACAAGGCAAGCACUCACAGAGUUCAUAUCGACGAAGCAUGAAUAUUUAUUGAGAUUUUUUGUGACUGAAAUAAAUACAGUGGAGUGUGAAUACAUGAAUCAUAAAAAAGCUCCGCCAAUUGGUAAACAUCAGCCAGCGAAAAUCGGCGCCAUACAAUGGACGCGAUUAUUGAGCGCCAAACUGAAAAUAUCCGUGCUAGCAUUUAAACGGAUGGAAAAUGAACCCAACCUUUCAAACAGCUACCUUAAGCGCAGCGCAUUUAAGUCUUACUUCGAACUGGUGAACAAAAUGCACAUUUAUGAGAAUAACCUUUUUGAAAAAUAUUGUUCCCAAGCAACAUACAUGGUCAACGGUUUGAUGAGAAAGAAUAUACUCAAAAUACAAAUAUGCAAGGGCGAGACAUUUACCUACAUAUCAAAUGCCUUGGAAACCAUCAAACUGAAAAAGGAAAAAUCAAUUGAUGAAUCCACACCUUCUGGUUCAGGUGGCACGGACUCCUACAAUCAGACUGUGGCCACCGGCUUCAUUCGCAAAAUAACCAAAUUCACUGUAAUUGCUACAAUGCUACAGUGGUUGAUGGGAAGAAAACCAGCUGCGGAUGCCCAACUGAUUAAAGCAAUGGAGUUCCUCAAACUGAUGAAGUCGGGCAAAGUCAAGCCAACGGAGAGAGAUAAAUUUUGCAUUAAACAGUGUGAACUUUUAGUUAAAUCAUCUGUCCAAGAAGGCCUACCCACAUGGAAAGCUUUGGUGGGCGAUAAGAUUUUGAUUGAAUACGAAAUGCAGUUCACUGUUAAUUUGACCAGAGAUAUUUUCGAAAUAAUGUUCGAAGGCCAACAAUUUGAGCAUUUUGGCUUUAAGCUGCCGUCUGUGUUGAGAACGGCUAUUAUGAAAAAGGAAAUGCUGUUUAAAGACUUUGAGGCUAUAACCACAGUCAUUGAUAACUACAAUGCUUUAUUAGAUAAAUUAUCGCUAUCGGAGGUGAAUUUUUUACGCGAUCAUCUCUAUGAAACAGAAGUAGCCAUACAAGUAGGAGUUGGACGAUACACUUGGCAGUCUUUCAAUAUCAAGAAGUAUUGUGAUGUUGUUUCUGCUCUGAUGCGCAAAUUACAGUCAAUAGUAUCACAAAUAAAUUAUAUUCGCAUCGAUAUACGCAAUCGCAUAAAUCAACUUAAAAAUUUCAAUAUAUUUACCAUCGAUGAGAGCAGAGAAGCAGACGCAGCCUUACAAUUUGACAUGGAAUCAACUCAGCAAAAUUUAACCGAGUCCAAUGAAGAUCAAGACUCGGAGUCUAUGGGACAACAUGACAAAGUAGAAAUUAUUCGCAUAAAAGAGUCCUCUAAGUCCCUGUCGCCAAAUGAAAAGGAAUGCGGUUUGGAUAUCUACCAUUGCCAAACGUACAUGGAGAGACUGGAAAAGUCACGAACUGAAAAAUGUUCGCAAAUGAAGAAAAUCUAUGACUCUCUGGGACCAGUACUGAUCAAGUUGGAGAGCCUUGUGUUGGGUACAUUUACGGGUCGAUCCGAAAAGAUGAAAGAGUAUUAUGUUUUCUGGGAAGAGGAGACGUACAAAUGUAUACUAGAUUUCACUUAUAAAAACCUUGAAUGUUAUUUGGAUCGCUUGCUUGGCAAUCAACCCAUGUUUGAAAUCAACGCCGUCAUAGUUUUGUCCGAGAUUAUGCUGGAGCCCUCUGCAAAUGAGGUUAAAAAUAUGAUUGUUCAGUCUUCCAAAGAUUUUUUGGACCGACUAAAAAUGUUUACACGCUGGAUGAAAGGCACAUGUAUACCCUGUUCCCCUAUUGAGCAUGAAGGUGAUGUCAAAUACUCUUUUACAUUUUAUGAGGAUGUUGUUAAAAUAAAAACCAUUGGCGGAUUGGUGGUAAAAAUUCAAGAGCUGGCCAAUCGUGUAGUUGAGGGUGCAAAAAAUUGUGUCAAAAAAUUUCGCAAAUACUACAAUCUGUGGGCAUUUGAUAAGGAAACAAUUUGUGAAAAAUAUGUGGAUCGUGGUGUGCCACUUGUGCAGCUUGACGAGAAAUUUACAUUUUAUGCAAAUAUCAUGAACGAAUUGCAGCAGUUGCCAACGUACUACGAUGUCCAAUGUAUACGCAUAAAUUUGAGACCGCUGCUGGACACCAUUUGCCAUCACGCCCAACAAUGGUGCACGAAAUUGGGUGAAAAGUUGGCACAGCGCACAGUUGCCAAUAUGGAUAAAAUGCGAUUGGAAAUUAAAACACUCAGCGAAAAUUUGAACAGGGCCACCAAGGAACUCGGCGACUUCAAAUUGGUUAUGCAAACUAUUGCAACAAUUCAAUCGACAACGCUGACGCACGAAAUCAUAAUCCGUGAAAUGCAGGAAACCUACACGGUGCUCAGUGAGCACAACAUCAACUUCAAUUUUGAAGACAUGCUAAUGGCCCAUCAUUUGGGGAAACGAUGGCAACGCCUCUAUCGCUCCUCACUGUAUCGCCUGGACAAAGUGCAGCCGAUUAAACAGAAAUUCGCCGAUAUGACUGCCGUUGAGAUCUCGGGCUUUUGGAAGGAGUUGGAAGAGUUCAUCAAGGACUUUGAAGUGAAUGGACCUGGAUCUGUUGGAGGUGACUUAGAUAAAGGUUUUAAAUUGAUGGAUCCAUACGGAGCUAAAAUCAAUGAAUUUGAAAAUAGAAGAAUCGAUCUGGCCAAUGCGGAGAAACUUUUCGAUAUGCCCAUGCAGGACUACAAUGACUUUUCACGUCUCAAGGAGGACUACGAAGGAAUGCAAAUUGUUUUCAAUUUGUACAGAAGCCAAAAGUCCGCUCGCGAAGGAUGGUCAAAAACUUUAUGGGCCGAUUUGGAUCCUGCCGUACUGACAGAGGGAGUAGAGAGUUACUUGAAAGAAUUUCGUAAACUUCCUAAACAGAUACGGCAGUUACCAGUUGGACAAAUGCUGGAAUUACAGAUGAAACAAUUCAAAGGGACCGUACCGUUAAUGGUGAGCCUAAAGCAUGAGGCUUUGCGUGAACGUCACUGGCUGCAAUUGAUGGAGAAGACUGGGCAGUAUUUUGACAUGACCCCAGAACGCUUUACACUCGAUAAUAUGUUUGCAAUGCAACUCCAUAAAUACCAGGAAAUUGCCGAACAAAUCCUAAAUAAUGCCAUCAAAGAAUUGGCCAUUGAAAAGGGCGUUAAGGCUGUUGAGGAUACUUGGGCCACCAUGAAUUUCAAAGUGCACAAACAUUACAAAGGCAGUGAGGAGCGUGGAUAUACACUGGGAGCCGUGGAUGAAAUCGCCCAGGUGCUUGAAGAUAAUUCAAUGAGUCUUCAAUCAAUGGGCGCCUCGCAGUUCAUUGGACCAUUCCUUGAGACGGUCAAUCGUUGGGAACGUAACUUAGCUCUCAUAUCGGAAAUCAUCGAUGAAUGGCUGGUGGUGCAACGUAAAUGGCUGUAUUUGGAGGGUAUUUUCAUUGGUGGCGACAUUCGCUCCCAACUCCCAGAAGAGGCAAAAAAAUUUGAUGAUAUUGACAAGGCAUAUCGCAGAAUAAUGAUUGAUUGUGCAAAAAAUCCUUUGGUGGUACCAUUUUGCACAAUACCAGGUCGUUUAGCUGAAAUACAAGGACUUAGCAUGGGCUUGGAGAACUGUCAAAAAUCCUUGAACGAAUAUUUGGAAUCUAAACGAAGAAUAUUUCCCAGAUUUUAUUUCAUAUCCACUGAUGAGCUAUUAUCCAUAUUGGGUAGUUCAGAGCCAACAGCUGUACAGAAUCACAUCAUAAAGAUGUACGAUAAUGUGAAAUCACUGCGUAUCAUCAAGGAGAGCAGCACACUGAGCAUCGUCAAUGCCAUGAUAUCCACUGAGGGUGAGAUUUUGGAUUUUCGUCAAAAUGUGCGUGCUCAAGGCCGUGUGGAAAAUUGGAUGAAUGAGGUUUUGGAUGAAAUGCGUCGUUCGAAUCGUUACUUGACCAAAAAAGCCAUCUACGAUUACGGCACUGACCUCGAAAUAUCAAGACCAGAUUGGCUAAUGAAUUACCAAAGUAUGGUUGGCUUGGCAGCCAGCCAGGUAUGGUGGACGUCGGAGGUGGAGGAGGCCUUCAAUCAGGCACAGAACUUUGGCAAUCUGAGGGCAAUGAAGGAUUUUCUGGAUAAACAGAAUUACCAAAUGGACGAAUUGGUAUUAAAAGUUCGCUCGAAUCUCAGCCCCAACGAUCGUAAAAAGUUCAGGACCAUUGCCACCAUAGAUGUGCAUGCCCGCGACAUAAUCGAGGCUUUCGUCAGGGAUAAUGUCCUGGACGCUGGUGAAUUUAGCUGGGAAAGCCAAUUGCGAUUCUAUUGGAUUAAAAUGUAUGACAACUUGUAUGUCAUCCAGUGCUCGGGACGAUUCGAUUAUGGUUAUGAGUAUUUGGGCUUAAAUUCACGGCUGGUAAUAACGCCUCUGACAGAUCGCAUCUAUCUGACCAUUACCCAAGCAUUGCUAAUGAAUCUGGGUGGAGCACCUGCUGGCCCAGCAGGCACGGGAAAAACAGAGACCACCAAGGAUUUGGCCAAAGCCAUGGCCUUACUCUGUGUUGUCACCAAUUGUGGCGAAGGUAUGGAUUUUCGUGCCGUGGGCACUAUCCUCUCGGGUCUGGCCCAGUGUGGUGCCUGGGGAUGCUUUGACGAAUUCAACCGUAUAGACAUUUCCGUAUUGAGUGUGAUUUCCACACAAUUGCAGACGAUACGAAAUGCCUUGAUAAGAAAACUGGAUCGCUUUAUGUUUGAAGGCAGUGAAAUUAAUAUCGAUCGUAAAGUGGGCAUAUUUGUGACCAUGAAUCCCGGCUAUGCUGGCCGCACUGAAUUACCCGAAUCUGUUAAAGCCCUCUUCCGGCCGGUGACCUGCAUUAAACCAGACCUGGAACUUAUCUGCCUUAUAUCCUUAUUCUCCGAUGGUUUCCUCACUGCCAAAGUUUUGGCCAAAAAGAUGACAGUUUUAUAUGCGUUGGCCCAGGAGCAGUUGUCGAAGCAAUGUCACUAUGACUGGGGACUACGCUCAUUGAAUUCGGUGCUCCGCAUGGCGGGUGUCAUGAAGCGGCAAUCAGAUGAUUUGCCCGAAGCGCUGGUGCUAAUGCGAGUGCUGCGUGAUAUGAACUUUCCCAAGUUUGUUUUUGAGGAUGUGCCAUUAUUUUCGGGACUCAUAAAGGAUUUGUUUCCAGGCGUCGAUUGUCCUCGUGUGGGCUAUCCAGACUUCAAUGCGGCUGUACGUCACUGCCUUGUGAAUGACGGCUACAUACUUCUGUCCGAUCAGGAAGACAAAGUGGUUCAAAUGUACGAAACUAUGAUGACCCGACACUCGACCAUGAUUGUCGGUCCAACAGGUGGCGGCAAAACGGUUGUCAUAAAUACACUAAUUAAGGCCCAGACCUAUAUGGGUCUGCCAACAAAAUGCAUUACGCUCAACCCGAAGGCUUGUUCGGUGGUUGAAUUAUACGGCUAUUUGGAUACUGAAACACGUGAUUGGUUGGAUGGCCUUUUUUCCAACAUAUUCCGAGAAAUUAACAAGCCCAUUGAACGUGAUGAACGUCGUUAUGUCUGUUUUGACGGAGACGUUGAUGCGCUAUGGAUUGAAAACAUGAACUCGGUUAUGGAUGAUAAUAAGCUGCUGACAUUAGCAAAUGGCGAACGUAUUAGAUUGGAAAACUACUGCGCUUUAUUAUUCGAGGUUGGCAAUUUAAAUUAUGCCUCACCCGCUACUGUAUCACGUGCUGGUAUGGUCUAUGUGGAUCCCAAAAAUUUACGCUAUAGUCCCUAUUGGCAACGAUGGGUCUUAACGCGGCCCGAAGCUCAAAGGGAACUACUUAAUGAUAUGUUUGAAAAAAUCAUAAUACCAGCCAUUGCCUUUAUACACGAAGGCCUGGAUGGCACAUCACAAGGCAAUCCUUUGAAAACAGUAAUCAUGCAAACGGAAUUGAAUAUGGUUGUCCAAUUCUGCAACAUGUACGAUGCCCUGCUGCCACCCUUCGAGAUGCAGGAUGAUUUGGCUUUGGGAGCACCCGCCCCUGUGGCCUAUGAUACGGAUGCGCUGGAGUGUGGAUUUAUACAAUGCAUUUACGCAUCGUUGGGGGCCUGUUUAAUUGAACACGAUCAACCAGUGUUCGAUGAGUUUUUAAAGCGCAGCUCCGGCUUUCCAUGUGUCCAGGAUUCGAAGGAGAAGCCGGCGUCGGGCGGCCAGUUGCCUACUUGCAAGGCCACCUUAUACGAAUAUUUCUAUUGCCGUGAACAAAGCUGUUGGCUGGCCUGGGAAUGGGUUGUGCCCGAUUACAGGCAUCACCCGCAAAUGAAAUUCAGUGAAAUUCUGGUGCCAACAGUCGACAGCACGCGGACAGUCAACGUGUUAUCUUUGAACAGUGAUAUCAAACGUCCUGUUUUAUUGGUUGGCGAAGCUGGCACUUCCAAAACCGCAAUGAUUUCUCAAUAUCUUAGAAGCCUCAACAAGGAUGUCAAUAUUUUAUUGAAUAUUAAUUUUUCAUCGAGAACUUCAUCCAUGGAUGUGCAACGAACACUGGAGGCAGCUGUCGAGAAACGUACAAAGGACACAUUUGGACCACCGAUGGGAAAGAAGAUUGCCUGUUUUAUUGAUGACAUGAAUAUGCCGCAAGUUGAUGAAUAUGGUACCCAACAGCCAAUUGCUUUGCUCAAACUAUUCUUUGAACGCGGUGGCAUGUAUGACAGAGAGAAGGAUCUCUCCUGGAAGAAAUUCAAAGAUAUAACCUUCUACGCUGCCAUGGGACGUGCUGGAGGUGGCCGCAAUGAUGUCGAUCCCCGUUUUAUUUCAAUGUUCUCCGUCUACAACAUUGUUUUCCCCAAUGAUGAGUCAUUGCUUCAGAUAUACUCAUCGAUCUUUAAGGGACACUUGGAGUAUGGCAGCUCAUUCGACAGUAAAUUGCUGCCAAUGGCCGAAGUCAUUGUUAAAAUGACUCUAAGAUUAUUCAAGAUUGUUAUUGCUGAAUUGCCACCCACACCAUCCAAGUUCCAUUACAUAUUCAAUUUGAAGGAUCUCUCACGCAUCUUUGCCGGUAUGCUGUUGAUACACUCGAAUUACUUUAAAACGUUGCGAAAUCUGGUACGUGUAUGGCGUAAUGAGUUUACGCGCAUUAUAUGCGACCGUUUAAUUUCUGAGGCGGAUCUGAAAUUGAUGAAACGUCAUGUGGAGGAUGAGGUUAAUGAAACAUUCACUCCUGACUUUGAAGCUGAAAAUGGUUUUGCCGACCCAGAUGCUGCCGCCCAAGUUUUGCCCCGUCCCAGUUCUAUGCAAGUGGGCGACGAUGAAGACGAAGAUGAUGAUGAUAGUCCUGUUUCGUUGGCCAAAUUUGUCAUGAGGGACCCAAUGCUUUUUGGUGAUUUUCGCAAUGCCGUCAGUGAAUCGGAGCCCAGAUUCUAUGAAGAUCUUUUGGACUACGAAGCAGUCUAUGCGCUUUUUGAUGAGAUCUUGGACGAAUAUCAAGAACGCAAGGAGAAAAUGCCUCUGGUUUUGUUUGAGGAUUGUCUGGAACAUUUGACACGUGUACAUCGCACAUUGAGAAUGCAUCGAGGCCAUGUUCUGCUGGUGGGUGUGGGAGGCUGUGGCAAGAAAUGUGUUAGUCGCUUGGCAGCAUUCGCAGCCGAGUGUGAGGUAUUUGAGAUUACAGUGGCCCGAGGCUAUGGAGAGCAAGCGUUUCGAGAGGAUUUAAAGAUUUUGUACACCAUGGCAGGUGUGCAAAAGAAGAAGAUGGUGUUUAUUUUCACAGCUGCUCAGGUGGUGGAAGAAGGCUUCUUGGAACUUAUCAACAACAUCUUGACUGUGGGCUUAGUUCCUGCUUUAUUUACAGACGAAGAAAGGGAAACGAUUGUUAAUUCCUGCCGGCCUGCUGCCGAAGCAGAAGGCUACUCGGCCUCAAAAGAUUCUGUGUGGUCUUACUUCUUGGACAAGUGCUCAGAGAAUUUGCAUGUGGUUUUGAGUAUGUCUCCCUCAGGCGAUGCUUUGCGCAAUCGUUGUCGCAACUUUCCUGGCUUGAUAGGCAGCACCUAUAUCGAUUGGGUUUUCCCAUGGCCCAAGCAAGCUUUGGCUGCUGUAGCCGAACUCUUCCUUAGCGAACAUGAGUUGAUACCUGGAACACAUAGAGAUCGCAUUAUGCAUCACGUAGUCCAUGUGCAUAGCAGCAUGCACCACUAUUGCCGAGAAUAUUUACAAAAAUUAAGGCGUAACAACUAUGUGACACCCAAGCACUAUUUGGAUUACAUCAACACCUAUUUGAGACUUUUGGAGGAGAAACAUGGUUUCAUUACCGUUCAGAGCAAUCGCCUUAAGGAGGGCGUAAAAAAAAUUGAUGAGGCCUCAAAACAAAUCGACGAACUUCGCAUUAUUGUCACCGAACAGAAGCGAAAAGUGGGCAUUGCCUCGGAAGAAUGUCAGCGUAUGUUGGAGGAAAUCGAUACUGCCACCACAAAAGCCAAUACCAAGAAGACGGAGGCAUCAGAAAAGUCGGUGGAAGUAGAAAUAAAAGGCAAACAAAUUGCCAUUGAAAAGGAAGAUGCCGAAAAAGCCUUGGCCGAAGCUAUGCCUGCUUUGGAGGAGGCCCGUCGAGCGCUAUCGGAAUUGGAUAAGGCACAAAUAACCGAAAUCCGUUCGUUUGCCACCCCUCCUCCCCAGGUACAGGUGGUGUGCGAAUGUGUAGCCAUACUGAAGGGCCACAAGGAAAUUAGUUGGAAAACAGCCAAAGGCAUGAUGUCAGAUGUGAAUUUCCUUAAAAGUCUCAUGGAAAUGGAUUGCGAGGCCUUGACGGGCAAACAAAUCAACACAUGCCGCAAUCACAUGAAAACCCAAACUUUGGAUGACAUGGAAAAAAUCUCCAUAGCCGGUGCAGGUUUGUUAAAAUUCGUAAAGGCUGUCAUCGGUUUCUACGAAGUAUACAAAGAUGUAAAACCUAAGAAGGAAAGGGUGGACUAUUUGGUGGCCGAACAGGAACAGCAGAUUAAGCUGUUGAAUUACUUGAAUGCCGAAAUCGAAAAAUUAGAGGCUCAACUGGAUGCUUUGAAUAAUCGAUAUGCUGAAUCUAUGAAGCAAAUGAAGGCUUUAACCGAAAUGAUGCAACAAGCCGAGAGGAGAUUGAUUGCCUCAGACAAACUAAUAAGCGGCUUGAGUUCAGAGCGUACACGUUGGAGCCAUGAUUUGGAAAGAUAUGCCCAACAACUUGUGGUGAUGAUAGGACAAUGCUUGUUGUGCGCCUCCUUUCUUGCCUACACCGGAGCUUUCUCAUGGGAGUUUCGCAAAACCAUGAUCUUUGAGGACUGGCUUGCCGAUAUUGAGGAAAAAGAAAUUCCCGUUAUUAUGCCAUUUCGAAUUGGUGAAAGUCUUACCAACGACGUGGAGAUAUCCACCUGGACCUCCGAGGGCCUGCCUCCUGAUGAGUUGUCCGUUCAAAAUGGUAUUCUCACAGUAAGAGCUUCCCGCUUUCCCCUCUGCAUAGAUCCUCAGCUGCAAGCAUGGACUUGGAUAAAGAAAAAGGAACAACAGAAUAAUUUGAAAAUUCUCUCCUUCAAUGACUCGGACUUUCUCAAGCAAUUGGAACUGGCCAUUAUGUAUGGCACCCCAGUGCUUUUCGAAGAUGUCGAUGAUUACAUUGAUCCGGUGAUUGAUAAUGUUUUGCAAAAGAAAAUCCAAGUAGUGAGCGGACGUAAAUUUGUCAUUUUGGGCGACAAGGAAGUGGAUUACGAUCCAAAUUUUCGAAUGUAUUUGACGACGAAAUUUGCAAAUCCCAAAUUUGAUCCUGCUGUAUAUGCCAAAGCCAUGGUCAUCAACUAUACGGUGACACAGACGGGUCUGGAGGACCAACUUCUGUGUGUGGUAAUGAGGGCCGAAAGACCUGAUCUGGAGUCGCAAAGAGAGUCACUGAUCGUGGAGACGAGCGAGAAUAAACAACUUUUGCAACAACUGGAGGAUUCGUUACUCAUUGAAUUGGCCACUUCGACUGGCAAUAUGUUGGACAAUGUGGAGCUGGUUGAAACUCUGGAGAAUACCAAAUCCAAGGCAACAUUGGUCAUGGAUCAACUUGCACUUUCCGCCGAAACCCAAAAGAGCAUUGAAGCGUUAAGAGAUGGAUACAGGCCCGCAGCAACACGAGGAGCUGUGCUGUUCUUUGCCCUCUCAGACAUGUCCACGGUGAAUACCAUGUAUCAGUAUGCUCUGGCCGCCUAUCUCCAUGUUUUCUCCAGAUCUCUUAGACAAUCUUUUAUGGACUUUGAUCUCUCCAAACGACUGAAAAAUAUCAUAAAAACCCUGACAGAAAAUGUAUACUCCUACGGCUGCACUGGCAUCUUUGAGAGACACAAGCUGCUCUUCUCUUUUCAAAUUGCCACCAAAUUAGCACAGAGGGAUGGCCACUUGAGCCAGGCCGAAUUGGAUUUCUUUAUUAAAGGCUCGGUGGCAUUGACCAAAAGUGAAAGGCCUUGUCCUGCCAAAUGGCUAACCGACAAAAGUUGGGAGGACAUUAUGAAACUGUCAACAGAGUUUCCAGAAAAAUUUGAAUCGUUGCCCGAUCACAUUGGUAAAAACACUGACGAAUGGAAAGAGUGGUAUGAUUUGGAAAAUCCCGAAGAAGUCCCAUGCCCAGGAGAAUAUAAUAUCAACUGCAAUCAUUUUCAGAAAUUAAUGUUUUUGCGAUGCUUCCGUGCUGAUCGAAUUUUCCGUUCGAUAAAUCAGUAUAUUGUCGACACCAUGGAUGAGUUUUUCAUUAUGCCACCGGUUGUGAGCUAUUUCGACAUCUACCAGCAAACAACGUGUCACACACCGGUGUGCUUUAUACUAAGCGCUGGUUCCGAUCCCACGAAUGAUUUGAUGGAACUGGCGGAGCAUUACGGCGGGGGCCUGGGUAACUUUUGCCACAUUUCAUUGGGCCAGGGACAGGAAAAGGCUGCCCUUAGUCUCCUGGACAAUGCCAUGCGCUUGGGUAUGUGGUUAAUGCUGCAAAAUGGUCAUUUGCUAAUCAGCUUUGUUAGGCACUUGGAGAAGUAUUUGGAAAAAAUCGAUGCUCCCCAUCCGAACUUCCGUUUGUGGAUUACAACAGAUGCCAGCGACAAUUUUCCAAUUGGAAUUUUACAGAAAUCACUAAAGGUUGUCACAGAACCUCCGAAUGGCCUGAAAUUAAAUCUACGCUCAACAUUUUUCAAAAUUCGCAAUGAUAGUUUACAAGGAUCUUCGCAUAAAGCAUUUUUAUCUUUGGUCUACGUGCUGGCAUUUUUCCAUGGCGUUGUACAAGAAAGACGCAAAUACGAUAAACUUGGCUGGAAUAUAUGCUACGACUUUAACGAGUCCGAUUUUAAUGUCUGCUUGGAAAUUCUGCAAACCUACUUAAAUAAACAGAAAGAUGAUAAGGUACCUUGGAGCAGUUUAAAAUAUCUGAUCGGCGAGGUUAUGUAUGGCGGCAGGGUUAUCGAUGAUUUUGAUCGACGUAUAACACGCUGCUACAUGGAUGAGUACAUGGGUGACUUUUUAUUUGAUACUUCACAACCAUUUCAUUUCUAUAAGGAUGAGGCCACCAUCUAUUGCCUGCCCGACGAAGAUGUGGUGGACAAAAAAGAUUUCAUGGCCCACAUUGACCAACUGCCGCUGGUCAAUAAACCUGACGUCUUUGGUUUACAUCCAAAUGCGGAGAUUGGUUACUACACCCAAGCCACUCGCAAUAUAUGGAAUUCACUAAUCGAACUGCAGCCACAGACAGGUGAAGCUUCGGGAGGUAUUAGCCGUGAUGAAUUCAUUGACAAUGUGGCUGCUAAUAUUCUUGACAAAUUGCCGGUGGCCUUUGAGACGUGGCGUGUAAAACAACAAAUCCAAAUGAGCCUCACACCUACCGGAGUGGUUCUGCUGCAGGAAUUGGAUCGCUUCAAUCUUUUGGUGAUACGCAUCAAAAAAACUUUGGAAUUAUUGCGAAAGGCCAUUGCUGGCGAAAUUGGCAUGGACAAUAUUCUGGAUAAUAUCGCAAAUUCCUUAUUCAAUGGCCUGCUGCCGAAUGAUUGGCGUAAAUUGGCACCUGCGACAUGCAAGCAAUUGGGCAGUUGGAUGGAGCAUUUACAGCGACGUGCCACCCAAUUCAAAUAUUGGUCAAUGUCUGGGGAGCCUCUGGUCAUGUGGCUUUCGGGUCUGCACAUUCCACAAAGUUAUCUAACGGCUUUGGUUCAGAUGGCCUGUCGCAAAAACGGUUGGCCUUUGGAUAGAUCGCAAAUGUAUACGUGCGUCACCAGUUACAUUGAUCCCGACGAUAUCGAAGAAAGGCCAGCAACGGGUUGUUAUAUAUCCGGUCUACAUAUUGAAGGUGCCCGCUGGGACAUGGAACGCAUGCAAUUGGGACGAUCCCUACCUAAAGUUUUGGUUGAAGAUCUUCCAAUUUUGUCCGUAGUGCCUAUAGAAUCUCACAGACUAAAAUUACAGAAUACCUUCCGUGCUCCCGUUUACACCACUUCAUUACGACGAAAUGCCAUGGGUGUUGGUCUUGUUUUUGAAGCCGAUUUGGCUACAUCCGAAGACUUAAGCCAUUGGAUUCUUCAAGGCGUUUGUUUAACAUUAAAUAGAGACUGAUAUUUAUAUAAAUCUAUUUGUUUCAAAUAUAUAUUAUAAAUAAAUAUAAAAGGGGCCUAGAAAGGCACGAAA